AGCUGUUUAAAGAUUGAUUUUUUAUUUUGUUUAUCACAAAGUGGCUUAUUGAUAAAAUUGCUAAUAAUUAUCACAUCUCGUGUGACGUGGCUCGUUGUUGACAACAAUUUGGAUAUGUGAAUUAGGAAAAAUUGAGUGAUGGAUGAAAGCAAUCGUAAAUCUCCUUGUAAGGAAUGCAACAGUGCGGGUGAGGCACAGUUGCAUGCGGAAGUGGCAAACCUUCGGCAACAUGUUGCAGACAAAGAUGCGCACAUUGUAGGUAUUGAAGCGGAGUUUGUAAAGUGCACCGCUAGAGCUGAUGAUUUAGAGGAGCAGGUCGAUACCUGGAGAGAGAAGUAUGAAAGACUGUAUGACUCACAUAAAAGGGUUCAGAAAUUAAAUCAAGUUUUGGAGGACAAGUUACUGCAGAUGGUUGACAAGAUGAAGAGUGAAAAGAGCCAGUUGACAAAAGAUAUUGCUACACUUUCUGUCAGAUUAGCUGAAUCUAAGCAUAACUACAGCAUGCUGCAGAAAGAAAAUGAAAGGUAUAAAAAUGAUAUGAACUUAGCCAUCCAGUUGCUGCAAUGCAAACCUGAUAAUUUUGUAUCUCAAAAACUUGAUAAUCUCCCUGUAGAUACUCAAGCGAGAGUAUCCCAAUAUGUCAUGUCUAAGACAUCGAAACCGCCAAGUUCAAGCCAAUCUAAAACUGGCAACGAUUUGGAUACUUUCGAUGCUAGCGAAUAUGAAUUCAAUAUAUCCGCUUCUCUUAUGUCUAAAAUAUUAGAAGAUAGCAUCCAAGAUACUCUUACAAAGCACUGUGACACUUGCACAUGUACUAAAUCACAAAGCAAACCAUUCUGUUAUAAUGAAAGUUAUUACUCAGUGUCCACACAAACAUCAUUGACUGGUGAAAUGAAGAAUUCCCUCUGUUUGAAUUGCAACUCUGAGAUAAAGUCUUUGAAAUCAAACUUAAGCAUGAGAAGCGUUUCGCCUCAUGGCAUUAAGCUUUUAAACGAAAAGACUAACCUCGCACUUGGCAACAUGUAUAUAUUGCCACAGUCAACAAAUGUUGUCACUGAAAGUAACAAAGACUUGUUAGAUAAAACUGUUACUAACAAUCUUGUACAAACAACACAACCACCGAUUGAACCAAAUUCAAUAGUUUGUACUAUCGAAAAAGAGGCGAUUAAAAAAAUCGAAGAAGAAUUGAAACAAUUAAAGAAAAAUAACAUGAAUAUGGAACCUUCGGUGCAUCAUAAGCUUUGCGAUAGAACGAAGACUUCGAUAUCCAGCAAGAAAAGUAGUGUUCAUAGCAUAGGUCAUGAAGAUUUACUUAAAGACAAAGCUAUUGAUAAAGACGCAAAAUUAAACAGCCAAGUACAAGCAGCCGAGACUAGUAGUUUGCGAAAAAAUUCACAAAGUUCUAUGGGAGGAGUGAGUCGAACAUCUUCUGUGGCAAAGUCUGUGAGCACACACAAGUCUAACACUCAAGUAGGUCCAGGUCCCAGAUUCUGUCACUUACGUAUGCAGGCAGGCUCCAAGAAUAUACUAUUGGAUAAUGCGGAACCUGAUGUACCGCCAGUAUUGUACAGGCGACAAAGCAAAUGUACAGAAAAUUCAAUUUUCAAAGAUUUAAAUGAUGGAAUGGAAAAUUUUAUUGAUUUAGUCAAAACAGAAGAUGAUUACAAAACUAGUGUAAACAAUGAUAGUGUUGUAGUUGAAACAACUUUAAUAGACGUUCAUGUUGAUAAUAAUAAUAAAGAUUCCGAAACUUCUAUAAAAACAAAUUCUAUUAAUCCUAUCUUAUUAAAUGUGUCUUCUUCGCCGUUGCAACCUUUGAAAACACAUAAUUUCUCAAAUAGUUCGGAGCACAAUAAUAAUAUUAAUACACACAGUAUCAGCAGUCAACAAAAUCAAACAGAUAUAGAUAAUCUAUUGAACGAUUUUAAUGUAGACAACGCGAUGCAAAAUAACAAUACAGAAACAGUGACAGACAAAAAAUUUGAUAUCGUUAAUACAAAUGAUAAUGAAGAUAUAAAAAUAUUUAAUUUCGAUCAUUAUGAACAAACUAAAGCCGGUCAGUUUUCGAAACCGCUUAAAAAAAUAGACAUGUCCCAACUUCAUUCCAUUGAAAAUACAAAGAUAUCCAAAGAUUACCCACCGAUAGGAAAUUUAACGAGUUUUGAUAAAAAAGAUCAACCAAAUAUUAAACAACAAAAAUCAUCAUUACCAGCUAUUGUUAAUGUUUAUCCAAAUCUGACGCAAACUCAUUUGAAAGUAAACGAAAAUACCAAAGUAUUUACAAACGAACAGAGUACGAGUUCUUUGUCCAGCGACGAUAGUGCAGCGAUACUGCAAAAGCAACAAUUGCUCCGAGUUGCUGAAUGGGUCGAGAAAAAUUUGGAACAACAGAACAGUUUUAACGAUCCAUUAGAAGACGAGUGUAACUUUGUUAAUCGGAACAUUAGAAGAGAUAAUAAACUGAGUAGACUUACUGAGACACUAAAUGAGCUAGCUCUCAAUAUGCCACAUCCUGUGAGCAAAUUUUCCAAGACAUAUUCACGAGAUGCUCACAAUAGUUGGAUUCAUAACAGUACACAUCAAAAUACUAACCAAGAAAAAGAGACUAAAGUUACUAAAGUAACUGGCAAUGUUGUUAAGGAAACUAUAUUUCCAGUAGAAAGUGGAGAUGUGACGGUCACUGAAAUAAAUGUGAGUAAUCCGGAAAGAAAUAUGGCUAACUAUAAUAUGGGAAAUGAUUUGGCUGGGGCUUUAAAGUCUAAAGAUAAAGAGAUAUCGCCUGAAGAUUUAGCUAGAAUGGAAUAUAAUGUGAAGAAGUUUUUGUUGAGUGGACCUCAAUGGGCCAAUCCGGCCUCAGUUGGUAGAAGUCGAUGCACAAGCAGCAAAACUGAGACUGACGUAUAACAUUCCAUACUAAAAUAUACAAAAAGCUAAAUCGCUCGCUGAUUCUCUCAGUAUUUAUAAGAGCUUUUUUAAAUCAGUUAAUUGCUUAUAUUUGAGGCUACAUGUGAAACGUAUAUUUGUUGUGUAAAAUUGUGUAUCUCGCUUUAAGAGAGGUUAACUCUUAAAAUUUAUAUCUUGAAAUGGACUGAAGUUAGAUUUAAGUGGGUUUUAAGAUGAAUGCUAAACAUUUUUGCUAUAAAAUCAAUUUUUGACUUAACACGAUAGAUAGCUCGUAAAAGCAGUUAACGUCAGAUUUAAAUAACUAGGCCUGUUUUCAUAGUUUCCACAUACUAAUUCAGAAGACAAAGUUCUUAA